GAAAGUUGUAAAAAAACCACCCAGAGGCAGCGGUCAAAGCCUAUUCCCGACUCCGAGUACGGAAACGAUUCCGGAGGCAACCUCGGGGGGUUGCAUGAAAAUUUGGCGCCAAUUCGAUUCUCAGGCGAUCUUCGGCUGCGGAGCCACUCUGUAACAACAAAUUCAUAGGAAAUGAAUCUUUACGCUCACGACCUGUCUGUGUUGGAUUAUAAUUUUGGCUUCUCCGAACCGUACGGCGAGCCCUUCUCUCGCCAUACCGUUCCCUCCGCUAUUUCUUCAACUGCUUUCCUCAAUGAAGACGACGACGUUUACCGUUCUAGCUGGGCUGCAAGGAAUAAUCGCGAAAUGCCCGGCGGCAGUCCCCCCAAUCGCCGGCAUGACGGAUCGUCGCCUCUUCCACUGGGAAUGGACUGGAGUCCCCCUCCUCAGAAAUGGGAUGGACAGGGCACGGUGUGGCCUCACGAUCCGCUCACUGGAUGGAGUUACUGUGUCACAAUUCCUUCAUGGACUACAAUUCCGAAAUCAAAUGGUUCAGAACCUGUGGUGUUUUACACGGUUCAAGUUGGAUUGCAAUCUCCAGAAGGUAACUAUUCUACAAGAGAGAUAUCAAGAAGAUUUAACGAGUUUCUAGAGCUAUUUUACGAGCUCAAAAAAGUAUUGCCUAAGAAACAAUUGCCUCCAGCUCCCCCAAAAAAGGUUUUGAGAAUGAAAAACAGCGCCUUUUAUGACGAGCGGAAGUCUUCCUUGGAGGAAUGGAUGGAAAAGAUGCUGUCAGACAUCGACGUAUCAAGAAGUGUUCCAGUGGCAAAUUUUCUUGAACUCGAAGCUGCGGUGAGAUCAUUUUUCAGUGAUGUUAAUCCCCAGAUAUCGAAGGAGGUUUCUUCUAAUAUUACGCUAACAAGCUCAACUAUUUCUAUUGCUGCUGCUUCUUCUGUUGCCUCCAGUCCACAUGAUGAUGCGUGUUAUGUGGAACCUGAACUUGUAGCUCCAAGACAUGGAGAUAACGAGGGUGUAGAAUUGGAAAUCGAUAAACCUGCGCUGGAAAAAGCUCGAACAGACAUGGAAAAUCUUGUAGUAAGAUCGAACCAAGAAGUGUCUGAGAAACAAUUCCUUGCAACAAAGGAUGAACAAGUGCCCACAGAAUCAACAAUGAUGUCAAUUUUAGAGGAGAACAAAGUUUUGAUGCAAGAGUUGGAUGCUUCAAGAGAACAGCUCCAGUACUUGCAAAAACAAUAUGAAGAGUUUGUGAUAAAAUCAAAAUCCGACGUCGAGUUGUUUGUCAAUGAAAUUAAAUCUCUUCGAGGUGCUCAGAUAGACUUGAAGCAGGAGUGCAGCCAAUUGAUGGAAGAGAAAUCAGGAUUAGAGAGGCUACUUCAACCUGAAAAACAUAGAAUGGAGCAAGCUGAUAUUGCUAAUCAAAAGCUUCUGCACGAUUACGAAUUUCUUCAAUGCCGCCUUAAAGACUCUAGUGUCGACUUUUUCGUCGAGGAGGAAGAUAAACUAAUUCUCGAAUCGGCACCAACAGCUGAUGAUGCUAUAGAACUGUUGGCAACAUCUGAUAAUCUCAUUAGCCUUCUUUUAGCAGAGGCAAAGCUGCUCGCACGUGAUGCCGAAGCCGAUGGCAUGGCUGGAUCAGCUACUCCAAAUGGAACUGAUGAAGGGGCAGGUGACAAAGUAUUAAGGAAUGUACUAGCGAACAUGUUCGUCGAAAAUGCCCGAUUAAGGAUGCAGGUGAACUCUGUCAUCCGUUGUGCUCUAAGUGCAAAAGGGAUCACUGAGAAAGAUGAAGAUGAAUCUGUCCAGGAAGAACUGUUGUUCUAAACACGUUUUUAGAGGAAGAGAUUCCCAAAAAAUGGGAGAAUGUUCUUGAUAGAUAUUGGAGCGUGAAUUGACAUUUUCAUUUUAACUUAUAAAAAUAUAUCAACAGAACAUUAGUAAUGUAAACUUAAUAUUUAUU